CAAACAUGGCGAGUGGGGCGGAUGUCACUGAGACAACUCCACAAAUUGAGGCAGAAAUAGAGGCAAUUACUGUGUCUCAUCAACUACAAAUGACAAAUAACAUAAAUCAAGAACAAUCUCAGAUAUCUCCAAUAGAAAAUGGCGUAGAAAUACAUUGGGGAUUCUCUCUUUCAGAACUCUACCGGAUCGCCCUCAAGUUUUUUAAAGAAAAAGAAGGGAAGGCAGUCCAUCUGGGAUAUGCGGAGAAAUGUGAGUUGGUGGGGAUGACACAGCAAGUGAUGCAUGGCCCCUUUGACCCUGUGACCUCGCCCCCUGUUGGAGUACUGGAUGUUGUGGGCAAAGACAGAAGGUUGGCAUGGCAGGCUCUUGGGUCCAUGAGUAGAGAAGAAGCCAAGCAACAGUUCAUAUCCACACUGAGCAACCUGGUCCCAACUUUCCGUCCCUAUGUUGAGGCUAUGUGGGCUGACAAAUUAGAAAAAGAGAGACUAGCGAGAGAAGAAGAAGAACGACAAAGGGAGGAAGAAGAGAGAAGAAAGUUAGAAGAAGAAGAGCGGAGAAAAGAGGAAGAGGAGAGAAAAAAGCAAGAGGAAACAAAACGACAGAUUCAGGAGGCACUAAACCAGCAGACAUACGAGCAGUUCCGCAAGUAUGCUGAGCAGCAGUACCCCGGCAACCCUGAACAGCAAGCAGUAUUGAUCAGACAGUUACAAGAUCAGCAUUACCAGCAAUACAUGCAGCAAGUGUACCAGCAGCAGCUUCUCCUACAGCAACAGCAACAACAACAUCAACAAGAACAGAACCAUCUAGAACUAAAUGAAGAUACAAAUGAACAAACGGGCCAAGAGAGUCAGACAGAUGGAGGUGAGGAAAGUUCGAUUCCGGCAGAAAAUGGUCAUGAUUCAGAAGGUGGUGAGGACUCAGACGAGGAUGAUUCGUGCCAAAACAUUGCUCCUGCCUCCAUGUGGACGAGACGAGACAUUCAGGACUUCAAGGAAUCUAUAAGACGUGAAGGUGGCGACUCGGUCAUUAAAGUUGGCCACGGAGAGACUGUCACUGUUCGUGUUCCUACUCACGAAGAUGGCACUUGUCUAUUUUGGGAGUUUGCCACCGACAAUUAUGACAUAGGUUUUGGUGUGUAUUUUGAGUGGACAAAAGACUCCAGUAACGUGGUGUCUGUCCACAUCUCAGAGAGUGAGGACGAGGAAGAGGAAGAAGACGUAGAAGGUGAGGGAGAUGACAUUGAACGCCUGGCAGGAAGGAAGCAUGAGAGUGGUAGACCAGCACAGUCGGUAAUUAUCCCCGUUUAUCGUCGGGAUUGUUACGAGGAAGUGUAUGCCGGCUCGCACACCUACCCUGGUACGGGCGUUUACCACCUCAAGUUUGAUAAUUCCUAUUCUCUCUGGCGGAGUAAGACACUUUACUAUCGUGUUUACUACACCAGGUGAGGCGGAAAAGCACAACGCUGUUAUUAGAAAUGAAAUUCGUCUAGAACUAUUGGUGUCUUAUGUGAUGAUCUUUGUUGCGAUUGAGAAUAAACUUUAAUGGGUGAAUAACAUCUUGUUAAUGCAAAUAGACAAAUCUUGCAUUGUUUUGUAAAUAUUAUAUGCUAGGCAAAAUGUGUGUGAACAGAACUAAGAUAUUGCAAAAUAAUGUCUGCUUAUAGUGUGCAGUGUUCCACAUUGCCUACAGUGGCAAGAUCCUUCUGAGUCAUGAGGUGCUCCUGUUAUCUGAGAGACCUGCUGGUUCAGAAGGACAUGUACAGCUAGUUAAGAUUUCUAACCCUCUGCAUUUCUAUAUUGUCAUUGAAAAUGUGGGACACUGUCAAUGCUCAAUGAAAAAGAGGUUUCUCAGUCUUCUCCAAGGUAGUGAGCGACAUUAAGCUUUCAGUGUCUUACCGUGUAGCAUUUAGUAUUAUUCAGUUUCUUUGAAAGUCUCUGUGGCAGUCGAUUGAUUAACGGAUGUAUUUAUAAUUCAACAUGCUUGUUUAACUUGCAUCUUGGUGCCACUCUCAUUAAGUGAAUCAAUUACUUUCACAAACACUUCUGUCUAGUGUGUUCUGGUGUUUCUUUUAUGAGGGUUGACAGGUUAAGUCAAAAUUUACUUUCUCUUUAUAUUUUGAAUGAUUACUGCACAGAUGGCAGAGGUCUGUUUAUACCUUUGUACUUCCAAAACACUUUUCCCCUCGUGUAAAGUGUUUGUAUACUGCUUUGCCUCUGUAAAUAUAAUGCUUUUCUACUCAUUUGCUAUAUAUAUAUAUAUAUAUAUAUAUAUAUAUAUAUAUAUAUAUAUAUAUAUAUAUAUAUAUAUAUAUAUAUAUAUAUAUAUAUAUAUAUAUAUAUAUAUAUAUAUAUAUAUAUAUAUAUAUAUAUAUAUAUAUAUAUAUAUAUAUAUAUAUAUAUAUAUAUAUAUAUAUAUAUAUAUAUAUAUAUAUACUGUACAGAGAGUGGAGUGAAUGAUAGAUACUGUACAGUGAUGAGAUGUGUUACUGCACUCACCAUUAAGAGUCAGUACUGUAGUGGUCUAUUAGUCUUUUGUAUCUCUAAGUGGUGUCUACACCACAAGUUUAUGGAUACUUUCAAUAUCACUUUUCUAUCCCAAAGUCAUGGCUGGCCCUUUUGAUAGGGUUCAGUACGAUACUUAUAUCAUGCACAGAAAAUGCCAAACAAAUCAGUUAGGUAAUCACAACAGCAGGAGACAGAGAGUUCAUCAAGUGGGGAGAGCAGAUGCAGGUCACACUAAGAGGAGAGGAGAGCCACACAAAACAUGCCAUCAGUCCUUUGGGGAGUUGUGAUAAAAGUUAAUCAAGGCCACACCACAUGUACUUUCAGGUCACAGACAAAUAUCAAACCUUAAGAAAAUACAUGUGUUCCAGCAUAGGUUGAGGCACAUCGUGGUAGUCAGUCUGGCAGACUUAAUUUUUUUCGCACAUAAUCGAAAACGAGAGAACAUCUUGGAAUAGCUAAACAAAUCAACCAACUCUCAAGUUUGGUUAUUGGAGACUUAUGGUAAAGAGACUCUGGAUAAGGGAAGCAUUCCUGUGUGUGUAUAUAAUGUAUAUACAGUAUAUUUGGGCAUUGCAAAAGUCUUUCAAAAAUUUUUGUGUGAGUGAUAUUGCUUUAAUGAGUUUUGUUUCUUUGCUCAUCUGAUUAUAUUAUUUUUUUAAGCUAAUGGUGAAGGACUAGAAGGAUUAGGUGAGAAACAAAGGUAAAGAUGAGAAACAUAUAAAUAUGAGGUGAGAGAUAUAAAAUCAGUUGUAGAUGUGCUGUGCCUUUGAUAAACAGAUUCUUAUAAUUUUACAAAUGAUCAAAGGCAUCUUCCACUGAGGAAUAAGUCUGACUGUCUGACAUAUAGAGGUGUGGUCACAUCUUAUUUCAGUUACAGUACAGUCAACUACUAAAGUCUAUUCACCUCUCCCCCUGAACCACGAACCUCAAGAUUCAGACUCGUGAACCCAAAGCAGUAGACCGAUACAUUAUUCUGUCCAUAAAUGCUCCGGAUUCAUGAGUCUAAAUCUCUCGGAGGUUCAUGGGGAGAGGCAAACGGACUUUAGUACCGUGUAAUUGGCUGUACAUAAAUAAUGAGACUGUCAGACACACCUAAAUUGAUUCCAUUGACCCAUAGUGACACCUUCCCUUGUGUUGUUUGAAACUGAAUAUAUUGUGAAAACUGAAA